GAUUUGCAUGAAACACAGACUGGAAGCGGGCGGGAGCGGGAGCUGGAGCGCGGCGCACUGCCCAGGCCGGCCCGCGGAGCGAGCGAGCGAGCGGUGAAGGAGGAGGGUGGCCAGGGGCGAGGCUGCCGAGGCGGAGGGAUCUGCGCAUCAAAGCGAUCGAGGCGAGCAAAGUUUGGCUGGGGGUUGGACUUUCCUUCCUGGAGGCGGCACCCAAACAGCCACCCGGUGCGGAAACCCAAACUUUCUUCUGCCACUCCGAGGCUCGCGGCCGCCGCCUCCGCCCCGCGUUCGGGGCCUGCCCGACCCGGUGCUGCCGUGGUCCGCCCGCCGGCUUCCCCCGCCGCCCUUCUCUCUGCCGUGAGAGCCCCGUAGGCUGCAGCGCCGCGGCCUGGCUCGGAGCACCGGCAAGUUCGCCGAGAGUUGAAACGACGAAGUUCGGGCAGCCCCGGCCCAGCUCCUCUUUGCGCCCCCGGCGUCCCGCCGCGCCCAGCCCCGCCGGGGGCGUCCCUCGGCGCCCGCGUGCCCUCCCCAGCCAUGUCGUCCAUCCUGCCCUUCACCCCCCCGAUCGUGAAGCGCCUGCUGGGCUGGAAGAAGGGCGAGCAGAACGGGCAGGAGGAGAAGUGGUGUGAGAAGGCGGUCAAGAGUUUGGUCAAGAAGCUCAAGAAGACGGGGCAGCUGGACGAGCUGGAGAAGGCCAUCACCACGCAGAACGUCAACACCAAGUGCAUCACCAUCCCCAGGUCCCUGGAUGGCCGGCUGCAGGUGUCCCAUCGGAAGGGGCUCCCCCAUGUCAUCUACUGCCGCCUGUGGCGAUGGCCUGACCUGCACAGCCACCAUGAGCUGCGGGCCAUGGAGCUGUGUGAGUUCGCUUUCAACAUGAAGAAGGACGAGGUCUGCGUGAAUCCCUACCACUACCAAAGGGUAGAGACCCCAGUUCUACCUCCUGUGUUGGUGCCACGCCACACAGAGAUCCCGGCCGAGUUCCCCCCGCUGGACGACUACAGCCAUUCCAUCCCCGAAAACACUAACUUCCCCGCGGGCAUCGAGCCGCAGAGCAAUAUUCCAGAAACCCCACCCCCUGGCUACCUGAGUGAAGAUGGAGAGACCAGUGACCACCAGAUGAACCACAGCAUGGAUGCAGGUUCUCCAAACCUAUCCCCGAAUCCGAUGUCCCCAGCACACAGUAACCUGGACCUGCAGCCUGUCACCUACUGCGAGCCAGCCUUCUGGUGCUCCAUCUCCUACUAUGAGCUGAACCAGCGCGUCGGGGAGACAUUCCACGCCUCGCAGCCAUCCAUGACCGUGGACGGCUUCACCGACCCCUCCAACUCCGAGCGCUUCUGCCUAGGGCUGCUCUCCAACGUCAACAGGAACGCGGCCGUGGAGCUCACGCGGAGGCACAUCGGGCGGGGCGUGCGGCUGUACUACAUCGGAGGGGAGGUCUUCGCAGAGUGCCUCAGCGACAGCGCUAUCUUCGUGCAGUCCCCCAACUGUAACCAGCGCUACGGCUGGCACCCGGCCACUGUCUGCAAGAUCCCACCAGGGUGCAACCUGAAGAUCUUCAACAACCAGGAGUUCGCCGCCCUCCUGGCCCAGUCUGUCAACCAGGGCUUCGAGGCCGUCUACCAGCUGACGCGCAUGUGCACCAUCCGCAUGAGCUUUGUCAAAGGCUGGGGAGCAGAGUACAGGAGACAGACAGUGACCAGCACCCCCUGCUGGAUUGAGCUGCACCUGAAUGGGCCUUUGCAGUGGCUUGACAAGGUCCUCACCCAGAUGGGCUCCCCAAGCAUCCGUUGUUCCAGUGUGUCUUAGAGACAUGGGGAAAAAUAAAGGGAUUUCCUAUGGAAGUCCUGUCUUAACUCCAGGUGAAGGGAAGAAAGUGUGUACUUUUGGCAGGUUACUAACCUCAAAUGUGAUGACAUUUCUGACGCUAUAUGGAGAUGCUGGGGGCUUCCUGGUGCCUCACCUGCAGGACCCUGUGCCUCUGAAGCUCCAGCCUUGAAAUUUCCAGGUAGGAGAGCUGCUCGCCAAGUCUCCCGAGGACACAGAAGGAGGCAGGAGGAACACCUGGCCAGGCCUGUGCUAGUCUUCUCACAGGACCAUUGACACAGAAUACAGAGACCAAGCAAAAGGCCUCAAUCCCCCCGAGGACCCAACACUGUGUCUGAAGUUUGUGCCCAGUGUGAACCCGUCUGUGGACUGCUGCUUACAGACACAGGAAGCCAUGAGAACCUCCUGGAUGUGCGCCCGCACCCCGGCUCAGGCCCGAGACUUGGUACGCAUGAUUCCACGUGGCCUCUCCUGAUAGCGAUGGGCAGCGGUUUCUGAGGGCCUGCGUUUGCCACCUGGUCCCUGCUCCCGCAGCACACAGCUGUCCUCCAGGUACUCGGCAACUAGCUUCAGGUACAGCCCAAUUCUGGCGAUCCAGUGGUCGCAUGUGGCUACAUUUAGAUGGUGUCUUAGAACCCGCAAUGCUUUGUUUUCUGAAAGCUACUUACUUGGUCCUUUUUCUCUAUAGACUAGACUGCUGAUGGAGGCAGUGUGAGGAAAACGUAGGUAAGCCCACUUUUGGCACCAUGGGAAAUAAAUUUGGUCUUACCUACAGGUUAGGACCUGGCGGCACCAUCCCCAUCCACUGAGGCUGCGUAGGUGCCCUGGGGCAUGUGUGAUAUUAGUGUCCUUUGUCACAAAACUAGCUUUAUUUUUUAAACCAUGUUGUAUGAAAGGCAUUUAUACAGCUUAAAACUUUUUUAAAGGACAGCUGAAAGGGGCACGAGGAAGUAAGGGCAGUUCUAGAGGGGACAGUAGCUGUUGGACAGUGAUUUUAAGUGUGCUUGUCCAGGCUACCCACGACGCGUGCGCUGUCCCCUGCCAUGGGCUCCCUCCCCAGUCGCCUUCACCCUGCAACCCAGAGUAGUGGGCCCUGGGGCUCACUCCGUCCUCCACGGCCUCAGCACCUUCCCUGGGAGCCAACCUGUAGUCCCUUUCCUCCCCUCCCCCAUGUCCCCCUUCCAAACUUUAUUUAGUAACUUAGGUCCUUCCAGCGUAAACGUAGGUAGCCACCCCAGCAGGUUCCGGUUUCAGGCCUGUGCUGGAACAUCAUCUCAGUUGGCCACCUUCCUGGCAGGCUGUAGGAGAUCUGACAUUUUGAGACAAGCCUAGAGUCAGGAGCGGGGACUUUGACUCUUAGGAAGAACACACAUGAGGGCAAGGCUGCUGGCAGACUUCUCCAUUGUCCUUAUGUUGUCUGUGUUGUAUUUUUUUUACUGACCGUGAUUAUUUUUUUAAAAUCAUUGUUAAUGUAUUGGAAUGAGCUGUAGCACGCAUCUUGUGCUUAGUUUGUUUUGUUUUUUUCUCCAUGUCCCCUUGGCUUCCUAGAGUUUGGACAUAUUCCAGGGCUAAAUGCUUUUACUCAGAACUGCAGAAAAAGGUUUUCUUUAAGUAGUGUGUGCAUGUGGAGCAUGCAAAUGAGCAGCCUGGGGAGAAGACAGGCAUCUGAUUUCACCGUCGCCCCAAGCUGCCAUCUCUGCGCUCAGCUCUCCCAACGUGUCUCUGGCGGGGCAGCGCUCACAGGCCACUCUCCAGUCCUUAAGGGGAGGGAGGGAAAGGAAUCUGCAGGCUGCUCCGGGGCCUGUUAACCAGGGGUUACCAGUAGCAAGAAAGGGCACGAGUUCAAUUCUGGACCUCGUGUCUUACUGUGUGACUUCAAGUGGCAGAGCUGGGAGUUUCCCCAAAAUCCACAUGUCCCCACUUUCUUAGAAGAAAACCUCAACUUAACACAGCUAAGUUGUACCAUUUUUCUUUGUGUGGCAUAAAUGUUCCCUUCUAGAACCCCUUCAAGUAACACUCUUCAAAGUGUAUGUCAGCCUUUUAAAGAGUAUCAGCUACUUCUCAAGUGGGUGGGAGAGUAGCAGAAUUCACAUAGGGGACGACGGGGUCAGAAAUGCAGAGGCGGCGCCUCUGACAGAGGCUGGCAGUCGGUGGGGGUGACCUGAUGUCCAGGCAGCGCCGCAGAAACAGAACUCGCCGAUCAUGUAAACUGGAUCGAGAAAUUCUCAGUGAUUCUGUGAUUCAUUUUCUCUUUUGUGCUCAAGUAGUGUACAUUCUCGCAUCCUGGUGUUUUAUAUUUAUGUAAUGAUUUCUUAAACCCAUUCAAGACAGACAACUAUUUAAAUUUUUUUUGAAGAAACUUGGAAAGGUCUCUCCUCCCAAGGACAGUGGCUGGGAAGAGCGGGAGGCACAGCCAGUUCUGAAUGUGGGUUGAGGGCAGAGGCUUUUCUGGCUCGGCGUCCAGACACACCAGCCCAGGCUCGCCAAUCACGUCGCAACGUGUGACAACAGGCAGCUCCGAGUCCUCUCCCUUCCCAGGGCGAGAACGUUACGCGGAGGGCCGGGGCCUCCUUUCUCCAAGACGCCUUCACUCACUCUCAGCCCUGCAACUGGGCUGUUCUGAUGGGGGCCCUUGAUGCAGAAUAGAACACGCACGAUGCUGAUUGCCUUCACGUCUCGGCCAGCCUAGCCUGACUGUUUAAUGCCUUGUAAAAAGCACGUAUGUAUUUAUAGUGGUUUAGAUUUUUCUAACUUUUGUAUCUUAAGAGCAGAGCACCCGUUGAAGCGUUGUACUAUUGUUCAAGAUCUGUGUCCUCUCUGUCCUUCUCUUACCCCUGUAAGUGCCCUUCUAAUAAACUUCUUGUUGAGAAGCUCCUG